AUGGCUGUGGGCAGGGGCCUGGCCCUGUCCACCAAGUCCCGGCUGCCCCGCCUGCCUGCCGGCCAUGCACACUCCACCAGCGCAGUACAGCUCUCCUCCGGCGUGGACACCGCGGUGGGGACGCUGGUGGACCUCCUGCGCGCCGCCGGCUCCGGCAUCAAGUCCGGCCUGGGCGGCGCCCAGGACGGGCUGGAGGCUGCCGAGUCGGCCUACUCCCGCAUCGCGCCCUACGUCGACCGCGCCGUGGACGCGGUGCGCCCCGGCGUGGAGGCCGGCGGCGUGGUGUCGGCGCUGGCGGCGGCGCCCGGGAACGCGGGCAAGGCCGCGCUGGCGGCCGCCGCGGCCUGGUUCCUGCUCCCGCCCACGCUGCGCCUGCUGGGGUCGGGGUUCCGCGGGUAUGCGGGCGAGAUCGCGCCCGCCGCCGCCCUCAACGAGCUGUCCGGCUGGCGUGACGGCGUGCUGGUGGACCUGCGCAGCGACCGCGAGAAGUCGGUGGCGGGCGUCCCGGACCUGCCCAGCGCCGGGAAGCUGGUGGAGGUGGAGUACGCGGAGAUCGGGGACCGCAGGGCGCGCGGCGCGCUGCGCGACCCCGGGUCGCUGGAGGCAGAGGUCACCGCCAUGCAGGUGGCGGGGCUGAAGCGCGCCAAGCGCGGCUCGCCCAUCUACCUGCUGGACAAGAACGGGAGCGUGGCCAAGACGGUUGCAAAGAACCUGGCGCGGCAAGGGUUUAAGAGGGUGUACGUCGUGUCUGGGGGGUUCCAGGGCUGGCAGAACGCCAAGCUGCAGAUCAAGCCCUCCUCCAGCGUGCGUCGCGUGUGGUGGCCGGCUGGGGGGUAG